AUGGACAUCCGCGACGACCCGAGUACUACCACCACUACCACCGACUACGAUUCCGGUGACAGUGAGGACGUCAAGUACGUCUAUGAGGGGCAUGGGCGAGCUGAAAGGAAGGACACGAAGGGGAGAUGCGCAGGGAGGAACAGAUCUCCCAGGACCAGGGCUCGCGCAGCCAGGUGCACCUGCGGAGCUGGGCUGGUGGACGACAAUGCAGAGAUCACUGUCCUCGAGGAGGAGACCGAUGUCGAACACGAAGAACACGUGCACAAGCACUCGAGACGGCCUCGGCAACCGUCGGGGUCGAGCGGCGUCUCAGGGUGCCACCGUUGUCACGACAAGAAGGUCAAGGACAAAGCCGACAAGAAAAAGUCGACAGAGAAGAAGGCCCGUGGCACGUGGGUUCCCUACAUCGAAGAAUACCCGGACGAAUCCCCGCGACCGGCAAUCCUCUUGAAGGAGCACAAGAUUCCACGGAGAGCCUCCACCUCCGACGCGAAGCAUCUGCGGGAUUCGAGUGGUAAUUCACUGUCAGCGGGCUCCAGGGGUAGGUCUCCGACCGGGAAGCGUCUGCCGCCGCGGCCUCCUCGCCGGCCUUCCAAAGAUUCUCCAAAACAUUCUGAACACAUUCGUCGCCUCGAUUUACGUGAGACGCAUGCAGAUGAAUUCUCAGAUCACGAUGCCCGAAGCUUCUCCUCUGAUUCCGACGAGCCAAGCCUGGCUAGUACUCGUCGCUCACAUCAUGUGUCCGGCCGCGAGCUGACAUCUACUGUGUCCCGGAGUUCGGCGUGGCACGGAAGCCAGCAGCCGAAGUACUCUUCCUCUUGGCCACUGAACGUCGGUUCACGGAUGCCCCAGAGGAGACCCACGCGUCCGCAUGACGCCGACGAAGAAAGCGAAGAGCAUGAAGACUUUUCCGAAGAUCACAGUUCUUUCAAUGAACAGCAACAUGCUCGAAGGUACAAUCGGCCGGCAUCUUUCCACGAGCGAGACCGGGACCGGGAGACUCGACACCGGGUCUCACCGCCACCCCAGCGUGAGCAUGCGAGAUCACCACCUCGUCAACAACCUCGCCGGCGGCAGGCUGCCACCGACGCCGGCAGCAUAGCAGCAAUGGACCAGGACCGACGUUCCGUUGCCGCAUCAACAGUAUACGAAGUCUGGCGUGGCCAUGCCUCUGAUUGGGAAUCCCCCUACGUCUCAGCCGUGGACGACGACAACGACAACGACUAUGAUUCGGAGAUCGAGGAGUCUGUCAGGCUCUUGAGCCUGAACGACCUGCCGCCACGGACGCCUUCUCCUCAUCUGCUACCCCCACGCGGAGAAAGAAGGGGUAACUUCGGGUUCCAGAGCGACAGUCGCUCGCCACCUCCACGUUACCAUCAUCAUCAUCAUCAUCAUCAUCUUUCUGUCUACAACCGGGGCCUUCCCGCCGGUCCUUCCGCCAUCCGUGGAAUCUCGUACAACCUUACCUGGGACGGCGACGACGACGGUGGCUUGACCGGUAGCAGCAACCAGCCCCUCCUCCUCCUCCUGGACGGACCCCGUGUUUUAACCACGGAGCAGCCAGAUGCGAUAACAGACGAGGAAGAUAGCAACAACAACAACACACGGCAGUCCCGCUCUCUCUCAUCUCGCUGGUCAAAGAGACACGCAGGCCGGACAUUCACAUUCACACAACCCCGCCUUGCGCUACCGCGGUCCCCUCGCGCAGUCUCGUCCGUGUUCUCGGCCGCCAGGGAGACGAGGGAAGGAUUCCUCUCGCCCAGGCCGACGCGGUUCGAUUUCGGCGCGUGGGAGGUGUGA